UGCAAUGACUGAUUUAAGACACCAAACCACAUCCGAAAUGGAGGUUGAGGUGGUAUCCAAAGAAUUCAUCAAACCAUCUUCUCCCACACCAAACCACCUCAAAAGCCACAAGCUAUCCCUUCUUGAUCAGUUCUUGUCCCCCACGUAUUGUCCCAUGGUCCUUUACUACACCAUCGAGGGAGCUGAUCGAGCCACCAGAAAAACCACACCCAUACAACUUCUGAAGCAAUCUCUGUCCAAAACCCUAGCACUGUUCUAUCCCUUCGCGGGGAAGAUGAAGGACGACCUCUCCAUCGACUGCAAUGACGAGGGCGCUCUCUUCAUUGAGGCCAGGGCCGAGUUCCCCCUGUCGCUGCUACUCGAACGGCCGGACAUGGAAACGAUCGGGAAGAUCCAACCACGCGCCGCCGCAUGGGGAGAAGGGGGACCAGGAGAUCCCGUGGCGAUGGUUCAAGCAACCACCUUCGCCUGUGGUGGAGUUGCAGUCUGCUUGCUACUUUCGCAUACCAUCGCAGAUGGUGUCUCUUUCAUGAGUUUCUUCAAGUGCUGGGCGGCCACGGCCCGCAACAGCGGCGGAACUCUGCGUCCCAACUUCGAUGCGCCGUCCUUCUUCAUUCCAGGAAAAACAGACACCAAAGAGGAAACCUACUCAUCUCUCUGUGCCCCUUUUGCGAACGCAAGCAGGUGUGGUACGAGGAGAUUCGUAUUCGACGCAUCAGCCACCGCGAGACUCAAGGCCAAAGCAUCCAACUCGCAAGUGCGGAACCCGACUCGAGCGGAAGUCGUCACGGCUUUGAUGCUCAAAUCGAUCACAGCGGCAUGGAACAAGGCAUCCAACCUUGACAAGCCAGGGGCAUUGCUCCAACCCCACAACCUCCGUCCAAAAGCCAUCUCGAGUUUCCCCGACGAUGCCAUCGGGAACUACGUAUGGCCCAUGCCCAUGCUGUGUGAGCCCGAAGCGAAGGACAACGACCUGCCCGGCCUCGUCAGCCGGCUCCGAGAAAUGAAAGCCAAAGUAGACGGCCCAUUCGUCAGAAGCUUUGUAGGCGAUGGUGGAUCGGCCGCGCUCCGUCAAGGCAUUAGGGAAAUCAGUGAGUCCUUGGCUCGAGCGCAGGGUCUCGUGUCGAUCACGAGUUGGUGUAACUUCGGUCACUAUGAAAUCGAUUUCGGGUGGGGGAGGCCGGCAUGGGUGAGCGCGGUCGGGACCACGGAGGAAACGCAAAAUCUGAAGGUGGAUAUCGUGAUUCUACUGGACACGAAGUCGCGCGAAGGAGUCGAAGCAUGGGUUUUCACGGGCGAGGACCAGCUCGACGUAUUAGAGCAAAACGAGGAGCUUUUGGAGUUUGCUUCAGUAGAUCCAUCUGCUUUCGAGAUUUGACUGAUGACCUAGGGUUAAAUAAAUGGAUUUUCAUUAGGUCCAUUGCAAAGGAAAUAAUUUACACAAUGACCGUCGGACCGGAGACAUGUGAAAAAAAAAAAUAAAUAUCGCUUGCGCAAUUAUACCGAACUCACAUGUUAAUUAUCCAAUAGUGAAUGUGUAAUAUUUUUUUUUUUUUUUCCUUCCUCUAACGAUGGACUCGAGAAUAGUCCUAAAUAAAGGAGGAUUAUUUGAGUAAAAAGAAGACUUUGUUUAGCUUUCUACGGAAAAAGAAUUUCGUUCCGUUUAACUUUACCUAAACAAUCUCGCUUUCGGGGACAACCUCGUAAAUUUACUAUUCGAAAUUGACCAAAAUGUCUAUAACUUUAAGGAAAUUCAUUUUGUUAAGC